CUCUCUCUCUCUCUCUUCCUCCGUCUCUCCAUCUCUCCCCAUCAUGGCCACUCUUACGCGCACUCGAGAGCUGUCGGCGCCGGCGCAGACAAAUGCUCAUUCACUCCUUGAUUCACACAUCCCUUCCCCAUUCCCGUCCCAGGUGCUUGAGAGAGAACGAGAAGAGCAAGGCAUUCUUGACGAGCUUGCGAAUGAAGACCUCGAUAUGGACCCAUUUGCUGACCAGAUGGCAGAUGAUCAGGAGCUUCCAAGGAUAGAUACUAUCGAGUGCAGUAGCCUGCAGAGUCAAACGGGCUCGCAGGAGCAGGAGGCGGAGAGUACAGCGGAGACGGAACUACUACCAACUCUAGCUCACGUUCAGCAAUCGUGCUUAAUGACUUUAAACAAUUUACUCUCAGGCGUUCUGAACUCGGCGCCGAACUGGCAGCCUAUUCUCCCUCCUCGCAGACACUCCAUGCCCUCGCGCCCGGAGAACACCUCCGCUGACGAACCUUCAUCUGCAUUACAAACAUUGCUUGCAAACUUACGCAACAGUGAUUACAGUCAAAUGUCCGAAGCUUCCUCCAGCUCCGCUGACGAUUCGGUACUCAUUUCCGAGUUGCAGAGGCGAGUAGAGACCUUGUCACACGAGCUCGCUCCUUCGGACGCACAGCUCUCCCGCGCGUUAAUUUCUCUACUCGCACAUGUCAAUCGACUUGCCUCUAUUGAUCCCAAGCUGUUCGGCGCCCGAGCACCUAGUACGUCACUUGAUGUACUGACGGUGCGCCCACAGUUUGAUAUCUAUGACCAAUUGUCCCGUCAAGUCCUGGACCUUCAAAUUCAACGCCUAGAUACGAAUAUUGAUGGGCUCGUGCGCGAUGUUACCCCGCAGCGUAAGGUGGAGAUUGCGCUCUUAUGGACCAAGAUAGACCAAGAACUCGAAACUGUCUCCAACCUAUGCCGACAGCGCAACGAAUCGUUAGCUCCGGUUCCCUACAGCCCUGGCGGCCUUCCACCGGAGUACGACUACGACCAUGAGGACGACGAAUCGCUCCUUCCGCCAGAGUACGACCACGCAUAUAGUGCGCACUCAGCAACAGAGAAGGAGAAGAACCCGAUACACUCGCAUCAACACGUGCAAGGUUCCGAUGUUGCGAACGAGAAGAUACGGAUGGACUUCGAUGCUGUCACGAUGGCGAUCGACCGUUUGUAUCUAGUGGCGCCGCAAUUGCAUAACCAGCGAGUUGAGCUUCGGAAGAGUAAGGUGGAUGAAUUGGAGCGUGCGAGGCUUGCGGGACCGUCUUUGUUACGGAAUGCGGAACGCUUGGCAAAGGGGAAAGAGAAAGAGAAGGAUGUCCGAGAGCUGGAGAAGAUCUUCGACAUGGUCGGCAAGGCCUCCAGUCGACGAAUGGACGAUCAGUCCGUUGAUCUAGACCCUGAUAUGAAGACCCGUAUUGAGAGAUCAAUACAGAGAGAUAAAGCAAAGCGCGACGCCUUCGUCGAGCACCUCCUAUCACAUUCAAAUUCGCGCAGGAUUGAUUCCCAGGAUGCCACCUUCCAAUCUGAUCAAGUAAAGAGCGACGAUGCGCUGCUUACGCUUCCUGAAUUUAUCCGAGAGAAGGUCCCUGAGGAGUUGCAACAGGAGCUUGAGCGUGAUCCGGAGGCGUUAUUGACGUUAUCGGAGAUUGUGAAGGAGCCUCCGCCUGCUAAGGCGCCAAAGGCUUCACCGUCGUCGGAAAACUUGAAGGGUUCGAAGAAACACUUCAAGGUUUUAACAACAAAAAGGAAUAGGAGUCUUUCCGCCCCUCCCCUAUCAUGGCUGAUCCCUUCCCUUAGCCGAACUCCCUCUUCAUCCCGUCUCUCUCAAUCUACUAACGACAGCUCUAGCGUCGCAAAACGACUUACUGUUCGGUAUGUCGCAGAACAUCACGAAAACCUAAACCACGUUCUCGUAUUCAUAGGCGUAGAUGAGGGUAUGAACCCUGGUGUAGACCUGGAAGCCGACGUUCUUCCAAGCGUUGGGGACCCAACUGUCGGAGACAAGUUGACCUUAAGAUGUGGACCCAGCUCUUCCGCACCCCUCAGUCUACCAGUGUUAGUCCCCUCUGGAAAAGCAGCCAUUCAAGUACAAGGCGGGCAUUAUGAGAUUAAGUUCCCUCUCUCAGUACCCAGUCCUCGAUCUUCCAACGUACCCACCAGCUCGCUCAUGUACCGACGAGACGGAUUCGAAGUCACCAACAGCGACCCAUCUUACCCAUCUCAACUCCUCGACGCAGCACAAGUAGCAGAGAUGGACCCGACAUCCUUCAUCUGCGCUUCUUGUUCAUCCGCGCUAGUCCAAGCUCAGGCACCACCAAGCCAAGGGGGGAAGUUAUCUUACCUCGACUUGCCGUCGGAACAUUGGGCGGAGUUGCUUGAAGCAUGGAUGUGUCAUCCGGAUCAGAAACUCGUGGAUAGUAUUGCGAGACAUGGUAGGGGUUUCUGGCCGAAGCCUGGACAGGCUUUUGUUGGAGGGAGUUAUUUCUUAUUCGAUGAGUCUGCGGUGUCUCGCUUGAACCUACGUGUUCUUGAUCCUAUCAAGGGAGACGAGUGGAAACGCGUACAGUGCAUUUGCGGAGCCGUGAUUGGGCGAUGCCAAUCUCACCCUGUAGAAGGCGACGAGUCUCAACAGUCAAUGGUAUAUCGUAUCCCGAAGUAUGCGUUGCGGCCUGUAAGCUUGACUUCCGAGCCUGUCCGCGUUCCACUCUCAGCGUUCAUCUUGGAGGAUAUGCUAGAGCUCGUACGCGCACACGCUACGUAUCGAUUCGUCAUUCUUGACGAAGAGGAGGAGCGGCCUAGGUUACUCAUAUGGCUAUUCAAACCCCAUAUGCAUCUCUCAUACGCAACGACAGCUCAAUACGCUCUCCCACGUACAGGCUCCGUACACGCAUCGAAAGUACUCUUCAAAAUCCUCCAAGUCGGUUCACCCCGCUCUCAACCAUUCAACCUAGAGAGCAUACUCCAAAAAUAUCCAGGCUUCCCACAGGCCGAGAGAUUGUUAUACCCGCUUGACGUGUGUCAGCGGUUGAUGGCGUUGUUGAAGGAAAGUAAUACGGCGUAUCCGUUUGGUGUGAGGGUUAUGACGGGGUUGUUGGCUGGGUGGUUGCAGCGAGUGUGA